GUGUUAUAGAGAGCUUGUUUACAUAAUAUUUCUCGUGCGUGCCCUCUGAUUGACCCCGCAUGAGACGCUGUGUUCACAAAGGGGUGUGGCUUAGGUCUUUGAUGUAUUUCUUGUUUACGCCGCCAACGAAUAAAAAUAAUUAAUCUGUUCCAAAUAGUAUUUUGUAGAAUGAUUUUGAUUUUUCUAGAAAUUUCUCGAAGGCAGGGCUUGGGCGUCGGUAGACCCACCUAUAUAAGGGAUUGACAGGCACGGACGAGGACGGAGAUUUUCUUAUAGAUUCUCUUAACAUUUUUCUAAUUGUAUUAACUGUGUACCGGUACGACAUCUGCCAUACUGUAAGUUGAAGAUUGUAAUUUUAUUUUAUUUUAUUUUGUAAUUAUCUUAAGACAUAAUAAAUCUUAAUUAAUUGUAACUAGAAACUGUUUUGGGUCGUAUCCUUAAUAUUGUUGAUUACAUGGUAUCGUCCUUUGUUAGGCACUGUUUACAACGAGCCAAUUAAAAUUAAAAUAGGAGAUUAAUUUCUCCCAAUACAAGUCAGUGCGUAACAAUUGAUGGCCUUAGCUUUAGGCUAUGUGAACUAUGUGAAGAAGUGAGAUAUCUCAAGGCUAAGCCUAUGACAUGACUAUGUUAAUUUUUUAAUGUAGGCCUAGGCCUAAGCCAGUGGCAUGGCAUCAUGCUGCAUGAACAUGAUCAUCAUGAUGGAAAAAACUUGUUAGCAUGUUCUAUUACUACAUUUCAAGGGUUUCCAUCCCCUGGCCAGGUGUAAAUAUUUAGUAAAUAUAGCCUAAUAUUAAUAUACUUAAACUUAGGCAUAUGUAUAAUAUCUAUAAUUAUGAUUUGGCAUUAUAAAUUAUUGAAAUUUAUAUAAAGUCUUUAUUUAUGCUAUUUAUCAAGAUUUUAUAAUUCAUAAUUCAAUGCUUAAUUAUGUAAUUCUCUUUUUUUUUUCCCAGAUCCUUUUUUGUACAUGCAAUAGUUAUGGCUGUAGAAAGGAUCACAUUAGCAGAAGUCUCAGAUCAGACUGAGGACGGUCAAAAAUUAUAUUUACAAACAGUGUUAAAAAAUGAAGGACAAGAAGGUUUUGAACUCUUGUUACUGGAUGGGAACAAUGUCUGGGAAGGCCAAGGUAUGCAUGUAACUGUAACUCAGUAAUUAAUGCUUUGUUUCUCUUUAAAAGUAUUUGAAUCAUCUGUCAAAAAUUUUAGGCUGAAAAUUAAAAAUCAUUAGAUCUAUAAAUCGAGGAGGUGUUGUGCUUAAUAUUUGCUUUGAAAAAAGUUAUUUUGCAUAUAUCACUCAAAAUUUUAAAUUUAGCAGGGGAAAUACAAUAUUUGUAGAUCUCAUCUCCAGAGUUAAAAAAGGAAAAAAAUUGUUUGCUUAGACAGUACAAAACAAUAAACUUAAUUAUAGAAAUUUUCAAGACUAAGCAAGUUUUGCACUAUUAAGUAGUGAGCACAUAAAUAUAUUUUAAAACAAAGCGCUCCUACAGUUAUCAUUAACCCUAUUUCACCAGCAGCUGUGAUAAACUUUUCAGCUCAUUUGAUAUCAGUCAUUGUUUUGUUAAAUAAUUUCCUAUGGGCAGUAACCGAGGAUGAUUUGGAUGGCCUGUCAGAAAAAUCCAAGUUGGACUACAAUACAUAUGUUAGUGAAACCAAAGCAGCUUUUACAAGAGAUAAAACAACUAAUUCCAAUUUUGAAUGUCAUUGGAAAAAGAACUCGGAAGAUACUUCAAUAUUGAUUUGGAAGAAAGUUUCAGCUCGGGAUGUAAAAGUAAUGCAACUUUUAAGUUUUUUUGUUCUUUUUCAAAUACAUAAUAUUUUGGCAUUAAUUUUUAAAGUUGCCCAUUUUUACCUUCUCUCAUACUCAAUUUUAAAAUUUUUGUUCUCUUUAUUAUUUUACAAAUACUAGACUAAUUUCUUAUUACUGUUAGAAGUUUUUAUGAGCUGUAAAGAACUACACAGAUUAAAUAAAAACAAUGAAAACAAAUGAAACAGAGCUCAAAAGCAUUUCAUGAUGGAAUUACAUUUUGAAAAAAAUUAAUUACUUUUAAUAGCCCCAGACUUCAGAAAUAUUAAUUGAUUUUUUUUUCAAUAAAUGACUUUGUUUUACUGGCAGAAAUAAAUCUGCUGCAAAUACUUGUAGUCAUUUAAGCAGGGCCAUAAUUUUCCAGAGGGGGACAGUUGCCUAUUUUCACCCAACCUAAAAAUGUCCAGCGCCGGCCAUACGUUUAAGAUAAUUUUGUGUAUGUGUAUGUUUUACAAUGGUAUGUUUUUCUUAAAAGAACUAAAUAAAUAUAUUCUGUUUUCAUUUCAGUACAAUUUAGGAUCCGUUACUUUAAAAAAAUGUAAAAAUUCAUCUGAGAAUCUUAGUAAGGUUCUAAGCCAUUGCAUUAGUCAGACUGGAUUACUUCAAGAAGAAAUCCAUAAAUUACAGGCAGCAAAUAAAAGAUUAUCACUUGAGAGAUCAACAGCUCUACAGGUGGGUAACUACUUUUUACCCACACUGGCCUAUGUUGAAAACUAGUUUAAACUACCGGUACUUAGAACAUCAACGAAAAGCCAUCCUAAAGGUUUAAUCUUAUUUAUUAUUCUUUUUCAUAACUUAUAAUAAUAAAUUCAGCCAGUUCUACUAUUGUAAGUUGUUGUCAUUGCUUAGAGGACAAAAAUCUUAGUUCAUUUGUAAAUCAACUCAAAAAUAAUUUUUUCAUUUACAGAAAUUAGAAAAAUCUGUAGUUGCUAAAGAGGAUGUGGAGCAUAAUUUAUUUUCAAAGGUUCGUAUUUUUGGCAUGUCCCUGCAACAUUUAAUAGAAAUUCAUUUAAGUCAAAGGAUUUCAAAAUAUAUAUGAAAGCUUUAACUUUAAUGUGUAGUGAGUCUGAUGAAUUUUUUUCCUAUGACAUUGCAUAUUGUCAUGUUAACAGUAUGCGGUUGGUGCUGACAUUCAAUAACAUUGGUUAAGUCCAGUUUUGAAGAAAAAAAAUGCUCUUGAUCUCAUUUACACAAGCUACCAAAUUGCUGUGAACAUUUAAUGAAUUUUUUAUAUUUAGUCUAUGAAUAUUUACUCUAUUAAUACUAGGAUAAUGUUGAGUGAGGUCAAAUCAACUACAACUUAAUGUCAUGUAUCGUCUUACUUUUUUUGUACAAAGUUCGUCACAGUCCUAAACAGCAAAAAGGAAAAAAUCAGACAGUUGGAAAAUCUAGAGGGUGAACCCCCAGCAGGUUUGUAAAUAAAAGGAUCAUUAAAUAAAUUUUGGAUUAAAACUGUUCAAAAUAAAUUACAGCUGAUUAAUUUUUCUUGUUCACUGCCCAAGUUAGCCAAAAAACGUUGGUUACAGUACAUACUCGUUCUAAAGCCAGCUUUAAACAAAAAAAUAUAUUUCAGUGGGGUGGUCAGCUAAGAAUUGGUAAAUAGAAGAUGUUUUAUAAUUUUUUUCCUAGGUGGAUUGAUUUAAUUUUAGAAAACAAUAAUGAAAAAAUUAAUUAACUGAAUUCAUUGUAGAUAAGUUUCAAAAACUGGGUCAUAAGUUUUGUCCUCAUUGUGCAACUGAAGUGAUUUGCUGAUCUUAGAGUGUAUCAAAGUACCUAUCCUGAAAAAUGAAAUGCCAGAUAGUCUUAUUUUAUAAGGUCAUGGCAACAGUUUAAAAUCUUUUUUCGGGACAAUCAGGGGAACUGUCAUUUUGAUACAGUUAGAUACCAGAUUUCACCCGAUAGAGAAAAAACAAUAUUCCAUAACUGAAUAUGCCUACUAUUUUCUGUCAACUAAAUACGUCACAUUGGGAAAUGGAGUCAGUGGGCCAUCAUGCUCGAGCUCUUAAUGCCCCCUUUCCCCCCGCACACCUCCACACAGGCCAGACGCGGGGUUUCCCUGCCGACAGACCGUGCGGCGGCAUGCCUGGAACCUCCCCCCUGGCCUGGGAUACAAGGCGGUAUUGCUUCAACUCCGAGGAAAUGGUGUGGCGUUACCAUCCCCCCACUGCCCAAAGAGUCUUUCGAUCGGGAUGAAAAGCUGGGACGAAACGGUUGCCUAGGAGCAGCUUUCUCACGGCUGCAUAGCUAAAAUCAUUGGCAUGGGUUUUUACCUGUCAACUAAAUAUCUAUAAAAGCUAAGAUUGUCUAUGUCCUUUUGCUGUCAAAACGACUGCCUUUUUGUAUUGUCCUUCUUCAGGCUUGCCUCUACUCUGUGUAUAUUUCUUAUUGCAUCAACCUGAACCCAGUCCUCCAAGUAUUAUUCAUAUAUUUAAUAUCAGUUACCAGACUGCGAUCUGCACUUUCGCAAACUUUGUUAAUUGAUAUUUAUAAUUUAUACAGAAUACACGUAUGGAAAGAGAAGGCUCCCCAAUAUUUAUUUAUACACCGAUCUAUUUUUGUAAAUAUAUACUGCAUGAUUAUUAGUUUUCAAGUCUCAUACUUACACAAUAACUAUUUUAUAUCGGCCAUUGCUUACACUAGCAUAUUAUUUUAUGGGGUCUGCUUAUGAGUGGGUUAUACAUUUUUCAGGCUUUUCCUGGCCAAAACGAGGGAGUUUGGCUUAUGAAUGAACAGACUUUAGAAUGAGCACGUACUAAUGUAUGGUAAUGAAUAAUAGAAAAAUUUAGAUUGAACAAUAUCCAGAACCAAGGAGUUCUCUCUCUUUAACAAAACUUUACAAAAGUGCCGAUGAAGUAGGAGGAAUUUCAGCACCUUUUACUUAAGAUUAAAUUAAUACAGGUUUAUAUAAUAAAAUCUUUAAUUGGUGCUUUCUAAAAUUUUCAUUAUGAAACUAAAAAUUGUUAAAUUUGAACUUUUUUUUUCUUCAGAAUUUGUAAAAAAAAAUUAAGUUUGUAUAUUUUCUUGAUUGCCGUAUCUAAAUGCAAAAAAAAGCCUGUUAAGUAUUAUUCCUUUUAAAGAAUUUGAUAAAGUUAAUUGCAUUAAGAGUGAGCAUUUUUUUAAUUUAAAAAAAAAUCUGUUAAAUUGAAUAAUCAAAGUUCUAAUUAAUUGAUACAUAAGUUUACCUAAUUGCAACAACAAAUACUUUAUCUGUAGAGGAUCCCAGUUUGUCAAGCACAUCAAAAGAUAAGCGCACUAACUCAAAGAAGAAAAAUGAAGAGGAUCGGGAUGAUUGGAAUAGAAGGUAAUUUUUGAAACAGUUCUUCUGUCCGCUUUUACAUGGGAGGCGUCACAGGGAGGUAUAGUUGAUGGGCUGCCCCAAGGUGUGAGGCCUGCUGGAGGUUCAUGUUGUGGAUUUUUAUGGUGUCCUUUAACAGUCAUUCCAACGAUGGUGUGGUCUUCCUGUGGCCUUGAAACCAGAGUGCCUGCUAUUGUGCGCUUGUAAUGCAGGUUCGUUGACAGGCAAUCUGACCAGGUAGCAAAACAAAUUAAAUUGUACUAAGGCCAUAUACUGGCUAAUUAGGAUAGCAGCAACCAUUUUUCUUAUUUCUGUGUUCUGAUUGUUUAAUCUGUAAAUAUAUGGAAAAUGGUUAAAUUAAUUUAAAAAAAUUAAUGUGUAAUGCAAAACUUAGAGUGAAUGCUGGUGUUGGAGUAUCUUCAAUAUAUGAGCUGCUUCUUUUUAAAAGACCCAUUUGAUUUUUUUAUUUGUCAGUUUUCAUAUUUAUAUAUUUUUUUAAAAAUAUCUUUUUCAGCACAUCUGAAGAUUCAUUGCCUGACAGUGAGGUAAGAAUACGGAAGCUUAAGUCAAGACCAAUACAUGGCAAAUAUUUGGCCUGAUAAAUCUCCAAUAGGAACUCAACAUUUUGAUUUAGAUCACUGCCAUUUCAAACAUUAAUUAGUUCCAUAUUAGCAAAACGGGGAACAUGAACAACUUCAAUCAGGUCGUUUCCACUUAAGAGUUGUCAAACUUAUUCAGCUCAAUUCUUAUUAGAUUUUUCUACGUUAGUCAGCUUGGUUCCAAUAAGAGUUGUCUAACUUAGUCAGCGCGGUUCCAAAAGAGUUGUCUAACUUAGUUAGCCCAGUUCCUGUAAGAGUUAGCUAAGUAACCUCUGUUUCCAUAAGAGUUGUCUAACAUCUCAGCUCCUGUAACACUUGUCUAACUUAGCUCUGUUCCCAUGGGUUGUCUAACCUAGUCAGUUCGGUUCUUAUUUGAGUUGCCCAACUUGUGGUCACUUGGAUGCGACACAUUUGUCUUGACUAUAUUCAGUUUUUUAAUGAUAUUUACAGCUAUGACCUUUAGUACACAGCAUGAAUGGAGUGCAAGAGGAAUUCCUGUGCCAUGUGGCACUACUCUCUAGUUUAGCAGGCGGGAAAUGCUUCAUCAGGCUGGAGGUGUGCUGACCCAUAUGAUCAACAGAAAGCCAUAGAGACGUCUUCUAAUGUAAAAACCAACUGCUAAUAAUACAAGUGUGUUGCUGCAAAAAGCCCCAUGGCGUAAUCCUAUAGGGGCUCGAGGGUCUUUUGAAACUCAAUUAACUGCUCUCAAUGGAUGGCUAGUCAUAGCCUGACAAUCAAUAUUUUUAUUUUUUUAAUACCUGUAAAUUAAAGCAGCAUGUAUUCCACAGGAGAGUCCCGUCAAAAAAAAGAGGACAAGGUCCAAAGUGGUUGAGCUGGAGUCAUCUCUGAACUUGGAGGAAGAGGGAGAGAAGCAACCGGAGCCACCAGUUGCAAGAAGGUAAAACCAGUGCCAGACUGAUAUAAUCAUUACAUAGUCUGUAGAAGGUGAACCAGUGCUAGACUGAUCUAAUCAUUACAUAGUCUAUAGAAGGUGAACCAGUGCCAGACUGUUCUAAUCAUUACAUAGUCUACAGAAGGUGAACCAGUGCUAGACUGAUCUAAUCAUUACAUUAUUUACAUAGUCAUUAGCAUGCAAACCUUUAUUUGAUGCAUCUAUUCAUUUCAUAGUUAUAGGAUGUAAACCAGGGCUAGACUAAUCUAUUAUUGCACUGUCAAUAGACUGCAAACCUUUCUCAGACUGAGCUACCGGUACUCAUUUCACUGUCAAUAUUAUACAAACCUUAUCUACUCAGCUCACUUAAAGUAUGUCAAAGUCAUACACAAGACUUCUCCACUGCCGACUAGAACAUACCAUUCCUCUUUUUCUGGUGUCUUCACAUAGAUUAUUGUCAUUGUGUUUAAAUAAUUACCGGUAUCCAAAAAGAAUGAUUUAAUUUCUUUAGGCCACGAAGAAAAACAGCAAUUAAAAAGACGACCUCCUCCAAACCAGUUUUGCCCAGAGUUUCAUCAGGAGAUUCUGCUGAAAGGUUUGUGUCAUAACAUACACAUUUAUUUAAUUAAAAGGUUGUAGAUAAUGUGUAUUUUUUUAGUAUACAUAAUACUAUGACUCGUGACUAAUUUUGUUGUUGGCUGAUAGAUUUUUUUGUGUUCAUACUUGAUAGGAUAAUCUUCAAUCAUAGAGCUUUGAUCUUGUAGAAGAGUGGCUCACAAUAUUUUUUUCUCCUGUACUACUUGAAUAGACUUUUUAUUUAUGAGUUAACACACACACCCCCCCCCCCCCCCUUUUUUUUUUUCCUUUUUUUUUUUUCCUUUUUGAAAUAUAGCGUCUUGUAAAUGAAUGGGUUUAGAAAAAAAAGAACACUGUUUUGCCAUUUCUCGCCAUUAUCAAUAUAAUUUUUGCUUACCUACAAGCGGCCUGCCACAUGUCCACAGGCUGGGAACCGCUGCUGUAGAGAAUCAUUUCCUUUAUCUUCUUAGUUUUAAUUUAUUUUGUAGUUUGAUUUUUGAAAGGUAUUUAAAUACAAUAAUUAGUCUUUAUUGUUCUCAGCAUUUGCCUUCAAGAAGCCUGAUCAUAAGGUAAAUUACUGAAGCAAAUCACAUAUUUUUUUUUAUAUUCCGCAGACCAAACAGUGCCAGAAGCGGUUUAAGGAAAAGUAACUCUGCCAACUCCAACAAAUCGUCUGAUAAUCUUGAUACUGACGACUUGUUGAUAAAUUUCUAAAAUAAUGGAAAAGGUAUACAGCGCGCCAUCAACUUUCAGCAUACAGUUGGGAAACGUUUCAAAUAAGUUGAAAUGAAUGUGAGCACAGGGGUUGCCAGAUAAUGAUGUUCAGGUGAAGACUUUUCAGUAAUUAUUAGACCCCCAGUUGUUCGUGUGAAAUCUUCACUUUCUCAUGGUGGUAGAACCUUAGUCAGACCCAACUUUCGCAGUUAAGAAACAGGUACGGUAAUACGUUUUUUAAAAUCAUUCUUUUGUGUGUGUGUUGAGAAUAAUUGACGUAAUUAUAAUAGUUUAAAAAAAUGUUCAGUUGAUGUUAUUAUUUUCGUGAAAAUAUGCUCAACAAUUUAUUAUGGUUAAAAGGUAUAGUAUUGACAUACAGUAUGAUAAAGUCUUAGGUAAAAUGUUAAAGGGCUGAAAUUUAUCUUGAUGUAAUGAAAUAUGAUCAAUUUGGUCUGAGUGGGAGGAAGUGGUGAGGCAGGCCAAAGCCCUAGACAUGCUGUAGCGCCACAGAGAUAGAUCAAUCAGUUAGGUCUGAAUAGAAAGGAAGUGGUGAGGCAGGCCAAGCCCUAGACAGGCUUUAGAGCCACAGAGAUAGAUCAAUUAAUUAGGUCUGAGUGGAAUGGUGUGGUGAGGUAGGUCAAAGCCCUGCACAGGCUGUAGCACCACAGGGAUGGAUUGAUAGUCAAACAUGUACAUUUUAUUCACAGGUCCUGGUUGGCCUCUAAACAUUCCAUUAAAUACUUGAUCUGUUUUGUUUUUUAAAUCAAGAAAUGGUUCCUGCAGGUCACUAAAUGAAGUUAACUGCCUGGGCAGUAUAAUUAACAUGGGCAUGAGGGGAUAUCUUCUAAACAUUGCAAAUAGAUUUUUCAAAAUAUUUUAUUUAUUUAUUCAAAUGCAAUUUUGUUACUGCACAUGUUUUUUUUUCAAUAUUAAAGUUUAAAUAUUUGUUAAUUUAAAAUAACUUAAAUAAUGUCAAAGUAUGAUGCAUGCGCAAAUAUUUUAAGAAUGAGGCAAUUGUAUUUUUUAAACUAUGUCUGAUUACAUAAAAUUUAGUUAUGUGCUGAAAAUGUACAAUGCAAUCAUAAAACAUUUCCAUUUGUUUG